AUGUCACCUGUACAAGGAACCCGCCAUGUUCAAAGCCAAGCAAUUUUAAGGGCUAUUUGGCCUCAACUGUCUGUUUCCGAAGAGACCGUCCAAAAACAAUACUCACAGCUUCUCAAUUACUUUGAGCACGAACUGAAGAUGAUUAGAGAAAAUGCCGACAUUUCUGCAGUCCAGUCCACAGAUGGAAUAUGCAGUCUGAUCCGAAAGAUGAAAAGGAUGGACACUAUCACAAGACGCAAAGCGCUUGAUAUUGCCCGUCAGGAAAUGUGGAUCAUGCAAGUCGACGAAAACAAGUUAUCAAAGUCAGUGGACAUUGCCCUCCGGCUUUGGUUAACCGUCAACAUCAGUUCCACUGAGAUCGGGAGGCAGGGCUUGUUAUCAUGGGGGUGCGACACAAACCUCCGGGAUCUUGUCCGUUCUUAUUUCAAUGAUUGCAAGGCCAACACGCAGCACCACCAACCUGAUCAACGGCUCAAUCCGAAUUUGACAGCAGAAUUUCUUACCAGCAACUAUGGUUACACCGUAGAAUGGACGCACAACCUGGUAGAUCAUUUAGUAAUUGACUGGAAGUACAAAGUCAUUACCGUCUACGAGCACAAGAUUUAUCUGUAUAAUAAUGUCUCUUUCCCCGAAGAGUCAAUAAUACCCCAAGAAAUCUCCCAAGAGGCGAUGGAUACUCUGAACCUCCUCUUCCCUUUCCAAGACGAUGCGACGAAAAGGUUUCUGUCUAGGCACAAGAAACAAUUCUAUGGACUUGGAUUCUGCAACAGGCCAAGGAAAUUGGAACUGGAAGAUUAUUACUAUUGGCGACAUAGAAUUGCGGAUCUUGGGUAUAUCCUGCGGGGUCCCGCGAUUGGUCUACAACAAUUACGUCUGGAUAGAGAAGGAAACAACAUGCUUCAAAUCUCGACGUUUUGGAUCACGGCGGCUGUAGGAGUGGUGACGGUGAUCAGUAUAGCUGUUGCCGUAGGAGCUACUGUGUAUGGAGUCAAACAGUACAACCUGGCGUUAAGGCAAUAUCGCCUUUCAGUUGCAGAAGCAUGCCUUGAGCCAGCUGCUAGGGAACAAUUGGGGGAAUUUUGUUAUUGA